GCUGCGGCUCUGCUUGGCUCGUGCGGGGCCGUUGGAGCCUCUCCCGGGCCCAGAGAAGAGUUUUGUGUCUCGCGGCUCUGGGCAUGCGCAGAUCGGGGGAGUUCCGCAUGCGCAGAGGCAGCGCUCACCCUGCGGGGCGGGGCUGGGCUGGGCUGAGCAGGAGGGUCUGUGCCGGGGAGAUCCAUGAACCCCCCGGGCCCGGCCCGCCCCGCCCCGGAGCUGCAGCCUCCAGGCUACAAAAUAACGUCCACGUUUUGCUCCAGAUCAUCCCAUCCUCCCAGGGGGAAGGAAAUGGCUGCAAUGGAGCUGGCUCAGGGUUUCCAGUUUCCAAACCUGAUGUGAUCUUGCAGCUGGAACGAGGGGAAGAGCCAUGGGUUCCAGACCUCUACGGCUCUGAGAAAAAAGUGCUCCCUAGAGCUGCCUUCACAGGUGUUGGGAUGGUGAAUGAGAAUGAGGAGAAUCCCCAGCAGGACGAUGCUGAGAAAGUAGAACCACAUGGAACAUUAUCAGGAAGAUCCAACGUGAAUGUUUCCAGGAGUUGUGCACUCCCAGAAAAAGCAAAAGCCUGUGAGACUCAGCAGAGGCCAGAGGAAAACCUAAGUAGCCUCUCAGACCUUAUUACACACGAGAGAAUCAACUUGGAAGAUACACGCUACAUAUGCCAUGAGUGUGGGGAAAGCUUCAAUGGGAGCUCAGAGCUUUUCACACAUCAGGGAAUCCACAGAGGAGAGAGACCCUACAUGUGCUCUGAGUGUGGAAAAUGCUUCAAUCGGAGCUCACACCUUAUCUCACAUCAGACAAUCCAUACGGGUGAGAAACCUUAUGGAUGCUCUGAGUGCGGGAAACGCUUCAGUCGGAGCUCAUACCUUAACACACAUAGGAGAAUCCACACGGGUGAGAAACCUUACGGAUGCUGUGAGUGUGGGAAAGGCUUCAGUUGGAGCUAUGCCCUUAUCGCGCAUCAGAGAAUCCACACAGGAGAGACGCCCUACACAUGCUCUGAGUGUGGGAAAAGCUUUAAUCGGCACUCACAGCUUAUCACACAUCGUAGAAUCCACACAGGAGAGAAACCCUACACGUGCUCUGAGUGCGGGAAAUGCUUCAGUCGGACGUCAGCCCUUAUCACACAUCGGAGAAUCCACACAGGAGAGAUGCCCUACACAUGCUCUGAAUGUGGGAAAAGCUUCAAUCAUAGCUCAAACCUUAUCUCACAUCGUAGAAGCCACACGGGAGAGAUGCCCUACACAUGCUCUGAGUGCGGGAAAAGCUUCAAACAGAGCUCUAGCCUGAGCAGACAUCGUAGAAUCCACAGUGGAGAGAGAGCCUACACAUGCUCUGCAUGUGGGAAAAGCUUCAAUCAGAGGUCAUUCCCUAUUAGACAUCAGAAAAUCAAAAUGGGAGAGAACUGUGAGAAAUGCCUUGAUUAGGGCUGGCCAAAGAUUUCUUUAAAAAAAAAAAA